AUGGCGCCUGACGGCCCGGCCUUCGCUCUCGAGACUAUUAUUGAGGAGCCAACACUGAACGCCAACGCUGGGGCUGUUAUCAUUGGUGAUCUGGGCCUGGGAGCUGGAGGAAACGUCUUGGUAGAGAGAACUUCAAGAGUUGUGCUCUCUGGCUACAAAUCCAUAAAAGGAAACGCCAUAGACCAGCCGAAUGUCGUGAACUGGACCAUUAUGGAAGAUCCGAAUCUCAAAGUGGGUGUUCCGCCGUAUCUGCAAACGGCGAUUUUACUCUUACGGGGUUCGGAUGAGAUUUUCAAGGCCAACGUCAAUGUCAAGGCUGAUUUUUCCGGUUUCUCGUUCCGAAAUAUGCAAGAUGGCUUCCUUGGUAGUGAGGAUGACCCUGUGAUCUUUGAUCCCGGGGCAUACCCUCUGCUGCCUUAUGAGCUGGGUGGCCUGGGUAUACAUGACCUCGGAUCCGUUGACCUCUCCCAGCUUUAUAAAAUACGAACCGUUAUCGACGCAGACGACAUUCCGCGAUGGGGACCUAUCGGCCAGACUAUCAGAGACCUUUUCCAAAAGGAUCAGGCAAAGGACGACAAGGCCGAAUCAUGGUUUAUCGAUCUGUGGGACAGCAAUACCGCUGUUGAUGCACGAAACGUGUUGCCCAAGUCAAUAGAUCGAGAGGAAUUGGCAAAGUACUUCUCUUGGAUGUCGGAGGCACCUAAUAAUGAUGCCCCGGCACGAGCGACACAGGCGGAUCGAGAGGGAGAACAGGGCCAGCAGGAGCUGAGGCCUACUCAUUUCUGUAACUUGAUUGCAAGGCAGUCAAGUGUGGAUAAGCUCACGACUUUCAACAAGUUGGAAAGCCUCCUUAACGAACCUCCUGUCGCACUACUAUCCGACUUUUUCGAACUCCCCGACGACUUUGAAAUCUCUCGACGACAUGACCGCAGAGGCUUCCAAGUGUUCGAACGUAAAGAAGGCAGCAAAGCUUUUAAACUGUACAUCAUCCAGACGCCAUUCUACAGCACAGAUUUCUGGUCAUUACUUCUUUACUCGGUGGUCGACAGUGAUAUUGCGGGAGAUUCCAGCAAACUAUCUGGUGUUAUUCAAGCUGAUGCUGGCGUUGAUCUAAGACGGGUCUUCGGCGACGUGCGUGACCUCGUUGCCCGGCAUGGCUACCACCGAACUCUAUUACCAGUACAGCUUUUCAGGUCUCACUACGAAUCUACUUUGUCGGCUUUUAAUUCUAUUCUGGCAGAUGUUGGAAUAGUAGAUGAGAAGCUCCUGCGGCAAUUUGAAGAAAGGAGAAAGCUAGAUGAUCCUAGUAACCUAUACCAGGAUUUGAGCAUCACAUUGCACAAAUGUAGCAUGAAGCUUGCUGAACUUGGUCGACGACGAAAGUUUGAGGAGGAACUUGGUACCCGAUUGCAGGAGGAUUUGAAGAACGAUAGUAAGCUGAGAGUCGUGGUGGAGAUAUACUCUAGAAUGUCUCAGAGUAGGGACUCGGACAUUGAGAGUCUUCCUGGAAAGAUUGAGAGUCAACGAAAUGUUCUAUACAAUCUGAUCACGCAGCACGAUAGCUACCUACAAGCUAGGCUGGCUAGAGAAUCACUUCGAGACUCCAAGGCAAUGAAGACUCUCUCUAUCCUGACGAUUCUUUUCCUACCUGGAGCCUUCAUCGCCACCAUGUUCUCCACCGAUAUGUUUGACUUCAAAUCCAAGAAUCAGCAAGUAAGGAUCUACUUUGCAACUGUUGUUCCUCUCACAGCUGUCCUGAUGAACUGUUGGGUUCUCUGGUUGAAGAAUACACCCGAAAGGGGCGAUGCAGAGUCUGGGUUUAGAUAUCUAACAGCCAAAAAUAUGAACUGGCACAAGGAGGGAAAGGAAGAUUGA